GUCAAAGUUCAAACUGUCAAGCCUGGCCAGGAAAGUCGUAUGUAACCGGCCCUUAAGAAAACAGCUGUUUAAUUCUGCGCGCCAUCUUCUGGUUAACCAUUGCAAUACAAAAAUAAAAAUUGUCAAUACAAAAACAAAAUAUACAACAAACAAAAAGGGUGAAUCAUCUGCAAUUUUGGUUUUUGACGUUCGAGAAAGUUUCUGGAUUGCGUUUGUAAGAGGCUGCGAAAAUUUAUUAAAUAAAAGCAAAAAAGCAAAAAUUAAGUGUAUUAACAUUUAAAAAUGUCUGUAAAUACAGCACACGCCAGUAAUGGCGUUCUGAUUCAUGCAGGAGAGUACAUAUUGCUGCACAGCGAUGGGGUUACUAUGGAUUUCUCGGGCCAGGACAACCCAGUUUUUAAAGGCUCAAAACAGGGUCGUAUUUACUUGACUUCUCAUCGGCUCAUUUUCAACAAUAAGAAGCCGGCAGAUGACUUGCAAUCCUUUAGCGCACCAUUCAUCGCCUUAUCAGAUGUUGAAUUGGAGCAACCAGUAUUCGGCGCCAAUUACAUCAAGGGUAAGGUACGCGCCCAGCCAAAUGGCAAUUUCAUUGGCGAAGUCAAGUUUAAGCUACACUUCAAAUCUGGUGGCGCCAUUGAGUAUGGCCAAGCAUUGCUGCGCGCUGCAAGCACAGCACAAAGCAAUUACCAUCGUGGAGGCGCUUACAAUGAUGAUCCACCACCAUACACACCGUCGGGUGCCUGGCAUGAGGCGCCACCUCCGGCCUAUCAACCCCCACCAGGCUACUACGGAUGGUUGCCUACACAUGAGGCAUUUAGUGGCCCAGCACCGAAUACGGUGUUCGUAAGCGAUAAUCCACCACCAUAUCCAGGCAUUGGUGGACCACCAGCUUACACCCCGCAACAGUAUCCCCAACCCGGCUAUAACCCACAAGCAGGUUACACACAACCACAAGCUGGUUAUAAUCCACAGCAUCCACAAUCUGGUUAUAAUCCACAACAACCACAAGCUGGUUAUAAUCCACAACAACCACAAGCUGGUUAUAAUCCACAGCAACCACAUGCCGGUUACAAUCCACAACAACCACAAACUGGUUAUAAUCCACAACCACCGCAAGGUGCCGGCAAUCCACAACCACAAUAUGGCAAUAAUGAUGAUACCUCUUGGAUGGGUUUUUCAGCUCCACCUACUGAUCAGUCACAACAACAGCCACAACCUGACAACCAGCCACCCCCUUAUGGUGGUACGGGCUAUGGCCAACAAGGCGGUUAUCAACCCGGUGCACCCGGUGGCUACAACCCGGCAUAUAAUCCGGCAUACAAUCCAGGCUAUCAACAUGGUGGUUAUCCACCACCAGGCGGUGCACCAGGCGGUGCACCAGGCGGAGCUGCGGCCGGGGCUAUGGGCUUCGGCAUGCCGCCAGCAAAUUCGAAAGAAGCCGAGGCAAUGGCUAGCGCCCAAAAUACAACCUACAACCAAUAUUCUAACAACGCUGCCCCCAGUGACUUGCCACCAGCGUAUGAUGCUCUACCACGCAAUUAUAAUAGCGCGAACAAGAAGCAGCAAUAAAUUUAACUAUAAACUUGCUCACAAAAAUUACCAAACGUCUACUCUACAAAGACCACACAAAAUUAAAGUCACAAUUUGCAAAGCAUAGAUAAAAAGUGUGUAUUUUGUGGUUUGCUGGCUGACAUUGUUGCUUUGGGCUAUUUAUGUAUGUGCUUUAUUCAUUCCGCUUGACUUUGGUGUAACAAAAA